AUGGAAAGUCAAUCAGCAGGCGCUAAGGCCUCUAUGACUGAUGAAGAACGGUUGGCUUUAUGUGAGAAAUUAGACAAAGAAUUAGACGAAUUUAUAGAUGGUUUAGAAAAGAAAAGAUACACUGAUGGAUGGCCGGAAGAUCGCUGGGAGGAAGAAAUGGACAAACACCCUUUCUUUAUGAAGACGGCUCCAAAAGGAGAUGAGAUGUCACCAUUGGCCGAAGGCUUAGCCAAGCUCAAAUAUGAUCCAGAUGAAAAUACACCAUUGGAAUUAGCUACAAAUUAUAAAGAAGAUGGCAACUUUAAUUUCAAACAUAAGAAUUACAGACUGGCAAUUUUAGGAUACACAGAGGGCAUUAAAGUGAGAUCAGACAAUGCAGAAAUAAAUGCAAGUUUGUAUAACAACAGAGCGGCUGCCCAUUGGCAUUUAAAGAAUUAUAGAUCUGCCAUUUAUGACAGUGAAAAGGCAUUAUCAUUUAAUCCUGAUCAUGACAAAGCCAGGAUACGAGCUGCAAAGGCAGCUUUAGAAGUUGCAAUGUAUGAUAAAUGUAUCAACCACUGUCAAGUACUGCUGCAAAAAAACCAAGAUAAGGAUAUAACAGAUUUGUUAAACACUGCUAAGAAAAAGAAGCUACUACAAGAUAGAGAUAGUCGAAAAAAAGAGAGAUCACAAAAGAAAAGGGAAGAUGAAAAGAAUGCUAUUGUCAAAGCAAUAAUUGAGAGGGGUAUUAAAAUAUCAAACUGUGAAGACGAGGAUGACAUUGAUUUGUCUAAAUUAGAACCUAGCUUACCAGGAGCACAAGACUCUAUAGUUUGUGUUGAAAAUGGAGUGCUGAUAUGGCCAGUUUUGUUGUUAUACCCUGAAUACCAGAUGACAGACUUCAUUAAGGGCUGUCCAGAAAACGUUCCACUAAUUAACCAGAUGGAACAAUUAUUCCCAGCUCCCUGGGAUGAGGAAAAUAAAUAUAGUUCCAGUACUAUUAAUGUGUAUUUUGAAGGAUAUGACAAAAUGCCACAUGUUGUUAAUCCAACUAAAACGUUAGGUGAUUUAUUAUUGUUAAAAUAUUAUGAACUAAAAGCUGGUACUCCAGCCUUCUUUGUGGUAGUGCGAGGCAGUAAAGUUGAGAGACAAUUUUUAGAAAGUUAUAUCUAA